AAAAAAACAUCAUCACCACAUAGACCAACCAAAAUCUCAUCACUCUCUCACACUCUUCCCAAACCAAACCAAAAACCUUCACACUAUUUUAUUUCUUCAAUCAUCAUCAUCUCUUCACUAAACUCCAAACCCAAAAACCUGGUACCUUACCCAAUACCCAUAUUGCAUCAAUAUUCAAUUCAAUACUAUAUAAUAUAAUAAUAAUAUAAUAUCAAAAACCAAACAAUAUUAGAUUAUUGUUAUUAUUAGUGAUACAAUACAAUUUAUUUAUUUUUAUAUAUAUGGUUGCCGGCGAUGCCGACGCCGGUAAGUUCCGCUCGGCAAUUUCUAACAGACGAAGCCGCGCGUGCAUUAGACGAAGCAGUAACAGUCGCACGCCGUCGCUGCCACGCGCAAACAACCUCACUCCACGCCGUAUCAUCUUUACUUUCUCUACCAUCUUCAUCUCUCCGGGAAGCAUGCUGCCGAGCACGAACCGCCGUCCGAUUCUCCUCCAAUCCGUCAUUCUCGCAUCGUCUCCAGCUCCGAGCACUCGAACUUUCCGUCAGUGUAUCUCUCGACCGUCUUCCAUCGGCGACAUCGAAAACAACGGAUGAGCCGCCGAUUUCGAAUUCACUCAUGGCGGCAAUCAAACGGUCACAAGCGAAUCAGCGUCGGUCGCCGGAGAGUUUCCAUUUCUAUAAUCAGAAUCAAAACGGUUCAUCUUUGUUGAAAGUUGAACUUAAACACUUUGUUUUAUCGAUUCUUGAUGAUCCAAUUGUGAAUCGUGUUUUUGAUGAAGCUGGUUUUCGUAGCUGUGAUGUUAAACUUGCUUUACUUCAACCACUGGUUCAAUCUUCUUCUCGGUUUUUUUCUCCGCCGGUUUUUCUUUCUAAUAUUGAACAGGGUCGAACCGGUUUAGCUACUUUUUCUUUAGGGAUUGAUGAGAAUUCAAGAAGAAUUAGUGAGGUGAUUUUGAAAAAGAAAAAGAGAAAUCCUUUGUUGAUGGGUGUUUAUGCAAAAGAUGCUUUUAGAAGUUUUUUUGAGUUGUUACAAAAGGGUCGAGGUGGUGCUUUGUUUCCACCUGGAAUGUCUGGUUUGAGUGUUGUGUGUGUUGAAAAAGAGAUUCUUGAGUUUGUAAAGCAAGGUGGGAGUGAAGAGAAAAUGGGUUUGAGGUUUAAGGAAUUGGGUUGUGAAGUUGAGAAGUGUUUGAGUCCUGGUGUUAUUGUUGGGUUUGGAGAGAUUGAGGUUUUUGUUGGAGAUUCUAUGAAUGAUGUUGCUGCUGUUAGGUUUGUUGUUUCGGAGUUGAGUAGGUUGUUGGAGAUUCAUGGUGAGAAGGUUUGGUUGAUGGGUGUGGCUGGAAAUUCCGAGGCUUAUUCGAAGUUUUUGAGUUUGUUUCCGGGUGUUGAGAAUGAUUGGGAUUUGCAUUUGCUUACUGUGACAUCUGCUACUCCUUCAAGGGAAGGACUAUACUCUAAAUCUAGUUUGAUGGGGUCCUUUGUUCCAUUUGGUGGAUUCUUUUCUACACCUUCUGAAAGCAAAAGUCCAGUAAGUUCUACAAAUUCAUCUUUUACUCGUUGCGACAAAUGCAAUGAAAAGUAUGAACAAGAAGUUGCCGAUAUUUUGAAGGUAGAUUCUGCUACUCUGGCAUCUAGUCAGUCAACAAGCUUGCCUUGGCUUAAAAAGGUCGUUGAUGUGGAUUCACAUGGUGGACUGGAUAUGGCAAAGACUAAUGAAGAAAAUACAAAUUUGAAUAAUAAGAUAUCGGAAUUUCAAAAGAAAUGGAAUGAUAUUUGUCAACAUCUUCAUCAAACAAGGUCUCAAGUUCCAUCCCUUGAGAUUUUACGGUUUGGUUCAGGUUUUAAGGAAAGCAGCAGUAAAGAUCCAUCACAUAAUGAACUCCAAUGUUCUACUCCAUUUUCCUACACGCCUAAAGAGUUGCAUGGCACGUUUCCAUCAAAACAGUUAUCACCUAGUCCGGUACAUACCGAUACAGUUGGUGUCAAUGUUAGAACUGAUCAUGUGCCAAAAGUUACUGAGACUUGGCUAAUUGAUGUGGAGACUCGGGUUCCCCCUUCACGUAUGGCUAAUAUGAGUGUGCUUGAUAACAAAUCAUCUUCAUCCCUUACUCCUGUGACCACAGAUUUAGGACUGGGAACGUUAUAUACACCAAUUGCCUGCAAGCCAGAUAUCCCAAAAUUUCAAGAUAAAAUAAAGCAUUUUGAGCACUUUUCACAGUCUGCUUCAGCUGAUUGUGUUGCUAUCGAUAGAAAUACAUCACAUCAGAUUGCUAGAUCUUCCUGUGCUGUCUCAAACUUGGCAACAAAAUUUGAUUCAGUAGAUUUCAAGUCUCUUAAUCAACUUUUCUCUGAAAAGGUUGGCUGGCAGGAUCAGGCCAUAUGUGAUAUAAACCGAACUUUGUUCCUUCGUAAAUCCAGCGAGGUAAAGAGUAGAGACUCGCAUGGUAGAGCAGACAUAUGGUUUGCUUUCCUCGGACCAGAUGUAAUCGGGAAAAAGAAAAUUGCUUCAGUACUUGCAGAGACUAUAUUUGGAAAUGCAGAAAGCAUAAUCUCUGUGGAUCUAGGCUUCCAGGACAGGGUUUACCCGUCGAACUCGAUUUUUGAAUGCCGAAAAUCAUUUUGUUAUGAUUUGUUUAUGAGGAAGACAGUUGUGGACCAUAUUGCAGGGCAGUUGAGUAAAAAUCCACAUUCCGUCGUGUUUCUUGAAAAUGUAGAUAAAGCUGAUUUUCUGGUGCAGAGUAGUUUAUUGCAGGCAAUAAGAAGAGGUAAAUUUCCAGACUCACACGGAAGAGAAGUUAGCAUCAAUAACACAAUCUUUAUUUUAACCUCAACUGUCUCUAAAGGCAAUGGCUCUUCUGCUUCGGAGUGCAGUAAAAUGUUUUUUGAAGAAACAAUCCUUGACGCCAAAAGAUGUCAAAUGCAAUUGCUACUUGGAGAUACAUCAGAGGAUGCCACAAGUAGCUUUAGUACAAAUGUCAAGAUUGUGCCGAUAAAAGGGUUUUCAAAACCAUUUCCGAAUAAAAGAAAGCAGGCUGAUACUAGUGACAUGAAAGAGGGAGCAACAACCAAGAUGCAAAAACAGGCACGCGAGACAUCAAUGUCCAAUCUGGAUUUAAAUUUGCCUCUAGAAGAGGGCGAAGAGGGUAUGGACAAUAAUGACCUUGAAAGAGAAAUCGUAGUGGAAAACUCAGACUCGUGGUUUAGUGAUUUCUGUGAUCAGAUGGAUGAAAAAGUGAUUUUCAAGCCAUUCAAUUUCAACGCGCUUGCUGAAAAAUUACUAAAAAAUAUUAGCAUACAAUUUCAAAACACAUUUGGUUCAGAAUUUCAAUUGGAAAUUGAUUAUGAGGUAAUGACACAGAUACUUGCAGCUGCUUGGUUAUCAGACAAGAAAAAUGCAGUAGAUGAUUGGAUUGAAAGUGUUCUAGGCAAAGGCUUCAUUGAAGCUCAGAAGAAAUACUACCCUGCAAAUAAAUAUGUUGUGAAACUAGUUAACUGUGAAUCUAUUUUUGUGGAAGAGCCUGAUCUUGGAGUAUGCCUUCCAGCUAGCAUUAACAUGAAGUAAAUUUUGCUUACUUUGUAGUAUUAUUGUAAAUACUUGUAAAAUGUAGUUUUUAGAUAUAACAUAUGGUUAGUUGGUAACCUUGUUCAGCUAAUUAAUCUCACAUUUUUGUUGUUGUGCUGAUCACUGUUUUGUAUGUUCUGUAAUGAUACAAGAAUGAAGAAUGUGUACUUUGGUAUAGUACAUUAGUCCCUA